AUGAAUGCUGCUACUGCUUUUAAAGUAAUGAAAGAUUUGCAAAAUGCAUUCAGAAUAGUGGCAUUUUUGCAUCUCUACGACUACUUGUGGCCACACCAAGCUGUUGUUCGUGAUGGCGUUAGUUAUGACUUCAUUGUGGUCGGUGGUGGAACAGCAGGAAGUGUCAUUGCCAACAGACUUUCAGAAAUCGAACAUAUCAAUGUUUUGCUUAUUGAAGCCGGCGGCAAUCCACCUUAUGAAUCAGAUCUUCCUGCCGUACCACUUUUAAUGCAAAGGUCUCGUUACGACUGGAACUAUACAGAAGAGCUCGAUGGAUUUCAAGAUUCGUGUCGUCAUACACCUUCUCGUAAAAUAACUUUCGGAAAAAUGUUAGGUGGCACCAGCUCCUUAAAUUAUAUGGUUUAUCAUAGAGGACAACCCAGUGAUUAUGAUUCAUGGGCUGAGAUAGCUAAUGAUGCAACAUGGAAAUGGGAACAUGUUUUACCAUAUUUUAUCAAAUCCAUCAAGCUAAAUGAUGCACAAAUUCUUCAGUCGGAAAGCAAAAAAUACUAUGGAACUGAUGGAUUACUCCAAUUAACAAAAGACCACCGUAAAGGAAUAGAUGAAUUCUUAGAUGCCUACCGAGAACUUGGACAUGAUGUAUUUCAUGACUUCAAUGAAAAUAAUGUUGUAGGAUUUUCUGCUCAGAUGUUCACGAUGGCUAGUAAAUCUCGUUAUAGUUCAGCCCUAGCAUAUUUAUCGCCACUCAAAAAUCGGCGUAACCUUCACGUGUUGAAAAAUACAUUAGUAACUAAAAUUUUGUUUGACGAAAACAAAAAAGCUGUCGGUGUAGAAGUUCUUACUGAAGAUCGUAAAACGAUGACAUUGAAGGCUAAAAAAGAAGUAAUUGUAUCCGCUGGAGUAAUGAAUACACCUAAACUGUUAAUGUUAUCUGGUGUUGGACCAGAAGAACAUUUGAAACUCAACAAUAUUGAGGUGGUUUCAAAUUUACCUGUAGGUGAGAACCUACAGGAACAUGCUAAUGUCAUUAUAGUCCACGAUAUAGAUAUUGGUCCUCUACCACCACCGAAUCUUUAUGCACUAACAGGAUUCUCAUUCACCGGUUUCAUUUCACUGAACCAAUCUUCUAAAAUUCCUGAUUACCAGCAAAUGACGUAUGUAACUUUGCCAGAACCACUUUUAUAUUUUUGCACAUUUGCGUUCAGAUUUAGCGAAGAAGUCUGCAAUAAUAUUUAUAAGAAUAGUGUUAAUAAAAGUCAAGCCAUGAAUGAAAUAAUUCAUAUCAACCCAAAGUCACGAGGGAAAGUGCUCUUAAAAAGUACAGACCCUGAAGACGCACCUAUUAUAGAUGUUGGAUUAUAUUCAAAUAAAGACGACAUUGAAAAUCACAUUGAUUAUAUUUUGGACUUUUUACGCGUGAUGAAUACGACAUAUUAUAAUAAAGUUGACGCAGUGAUGGCAGAUGCAGCUCCUAAGUGUAAUAAGUAUGGAAAAGAAACUAGAGAAUACUGGCGUUGUUAUAUUAUGUGUAUGUCAUCUGGAAUGAGUCACAUGACUAGUACAUGUCCCAUGGGCGCAGUUGUUGAUAGUAGAUUAAGAGUUCAUGGUGUGAAAGGUCUCCGUAUAGCUGAUGCUAGUGUGAUGCCAACAAUAACAAGAGGGAAUCCAAUGGCUGCAGUUAUUAUGAUUGGAGAAAAAGUAUCUGAUAUGAUAAAACAGGACCAUAAUUUGAUAUGA